CGGGGGCCGGGGCGCGUCCCCGCGGAAUGCGGGAAUCCAGAGCCCCGGCGAUGCGGACGCGGUUUCCCGGGGAAAGCGGGGAUCCAGAGCCCGCUGGGCAGUGUCGGGAGAAACAGGGAGAGCGGCGGGCCGCAGCAGUGGCUUUUGCCGGCGUCUGGGGGGUGCGGAAGGGAAGGGAGUACCAGGGCAGACCCUCCACUUGGGCAUGGCCUGAAAUGUCAGAGCGGUUUAGGCUGGAUAUUACAAAAAGGCACUUCAGCCAGAGGGUGGCUGGAACGGGCUCCCUAGAGAGGUGGUCACAGCACCAGCCUGACAGGGUUGAGGAAGCAUCUGGACAAUGCUCUCGGCCACAUGGGUGCUUAGGGUGUCCUCUGCAGGAAUAAGAGUAAGACUCGAUGAUCUUUGUGGGUCCCUUCCAAUUCAGCAUUGGAAUUGUCAUAUCCUGUGAUUCCUGGUGUGCCAAUAUUCUGGAGAAACAAAGGGGGUGAUCCUUCACCAGGAAGGGGCCUGCUGAAGAUAUCAGCCGAAUUCGUGGGGGAACGGUGGGGAGCAUGUUUUGCCCUAACACAUGUGCAGGGCAAUGGACGCUUUUCCACCCUCACUGAAGUGUCUGAGGUGUCUGAAGGACUUGGUUUGGUGCUUGGUCAUCUGCACUGGGCUCUAGGAAGAGGCCCCAGGAGGUGUACUUUAAGAAUCUUUCAAAACAGAAACAAAAGGAAGUCAUGGAGAAGAAUGGAAACAACCACAAACUUCGUGUUUGUGUUGCUACUUGCAACCGUGCUGAUUAUUCAAAAUUAGCGCCCAUUAUGUUUGGUAUUAAGGCAGAACCACAGUUUUUUGAGCUUGAUGUCGUAGUGCUUGGUUCCCACCUGAUUGAUGAUUACGGUAAUACCUAUCGUAUGAUUGAACAAGAUGACUUUGAUAUUCAUACAAGAUUGCACACCAUUGUGAGAGGGGAGGAUGAAGCAGCUAUGGUGGAGUCAGUGGGCCUUGCAUUAGUCAAGCUACCUGAUGUCCUCAACCGCCUGAAACCUGACAUAAUGAUAGUUCAUGGGGACAGAUUCGAUGCUUUAGCCCUGGCGACAUCUGCAGCCCUGAUGAACAUUCGCAUUCUUCACAUUGAAGGUGGGGAAGUCAGUGGGACCAUCGAUGACUCCAUCAGACAUGCCAUAACCAAACUGGCCCAUUACCACGUGUGCUGCACGAGGAGUGCAGAGCAGCACUUGAUAGCCAUGUGUGAAGACCACGACCGCAUCCUUUUAGCAGGCUGUCCCUCAUAUGACAAGCUGCUCUCUGCCAAAAACAAGGACUACAUGAGUAUUAUUAGCAUGUGGCUAGGUGAAGAUGUCAAAACCAGAGAUUAUAUAGUUGCUCUGCAACAUCCUGUAACCACAGAUAUUAAACAUUCCAUAAAGAUGUUUGAACUGACACUAGAUGCACUCAUCUCCUUCAACAAGAGAACACUUGUUCUAUUCCCUAAUGUGGAUGCAGGAAGCAAAGAGAUGGUUCGUGUGAUGAGGAAAAAGGGCAUUGAACAUCAUCCCAAUUUUCGGGCGGUAAAGCAUGUGCCAUUUGACCAGUUCAUUCAGCUAGUUGCUCAUGCUGGUUGCAUGAUUGGUAACAGCAGUUGUGGUGUCAGAGAGGUGGGAGCAUUUGGUACACCUGUCAUCAACCUGGGGACACGUCAGACAGGAAGAGAAACAGGUGAAAAUGUUCUUCAUGUUCGUGAUGCUGAUACACAGGAUAAGAUUCUUCAUGCCCUACAGCUGCAGUUUGGGAAGCAGUAUCCAUGCUCAAAAAUAUAUGGAGAUGGUAAUGCUGUUCCAAGGAUUUUGAAGUUCCUUAAAUCUAUUGACCUCAAAGAACCAUUGCAAAAGAAAUUCUGUUUUCCUCCUGUCAAAGAUAAUAUCUCUCAAGAUAUUGACCAUAUUCUAGAGACACAGAGUGCGCUGGCAGUGGAUCUAGGAGGAACAAAUCUCCGAGUAGCAAUUGUCAGUAUGAAGGGUGAAAUAGUUAAGAAGUACACCCAGCUCAACCCUAAAACCUAUGAAGACAGACUAGCAUUAAUUCUAAAGAUGUGUGUAGAGGCUGCAUCAGAGGCAGUAAAUGUAAACUGCAGAAUUUUAGGAGUAGGUAUAUCCACAGGUGGACGGGUAAACCCUCGAGAAGGAAUUGUGCUUCACUCUACCAAACUGAUUCAGGAGUGGAGCUCUGUGGAUCUCAGAACUCCUAUAUCUGAUGCUUUGCAUCUGCCAGUCUGGGUGGACAAUGAUGGAAAUUGUGCUGCUCUAGCAGAGAGGAAAUUUGGUCAUGGAAAAGGAAUAGAAAAUUUUGUAACACUGAUUACUGGUACAGGAAUUGGAGGUGGAAUCGUUCAUCAACACGAAUUGAUCCAUGGCAGUUCUUUCUGUGCUGCUGAGCUUGGGCACAUUGUCGUAUCCUUAGAUGGCCCAGAGUGCCUGUGUGGCAGCCAAGGAUGUAUAGAAGCAUAUGCCUCAGGAAUAGCGUUACAGAGAGAAGCUAAGAAACUGCAUGAUGAUGAUCUGCUUUUAGUAGAAGGAAUGUCAAUGAAGGAGGAGGAGAUUGUUAGUGCUGCACACCUCAUUCAAGCAGCUAAACUUGGGAAUAGAAAAGCAGAGAGCAUUCUCAGAACAGCUGGGACUGCAUUGGGCCUUGGCGUUGUGAACAUUCUACACACCGUGAACCCAUCUCUCGUGAUCCUUUCUGGAGUUCUAGCUAACCACUAUGUUAACGCUGUCAAAGAUGUGAUAAAUCGACAGGCGCUGUCCUCUGUUAAAACAGUGGAUGUGGUGGUCUCAAAUCUAGCAGAUCCUGCUCUUCUUGGGGCUGCUAGCCUGGUACUGGAUUAUACUACACGUAGAAUAUACUAGAAGAAUUACAGAAGAGUUAGAGUUGGACUAUUCAAAUUCCUAAUGGGUGGAGGGAAUACUUUGCCCCAAAUUUUAAUUUGAUGAGAGCAGCUAAUGAAUCAGAGUAGUGUUCUGAGUAGUUAGUGACUACUUCAGCAUUUCCUAAUUGAGGUAUUAUCUUUUUGUAUUUUUCCUAAAUUUCAGCUGACUUCAUUGGAAGUAAUGUGCAAUUCUGGUUUUUUUAAGCACCUCUGUUGGUAAGCCUAUAUGUUACUUUUGAGUGUGGCUGAAUUAUUUAUGAGCAUCUCUUGCUGUAUGGGGAUAAUGUGUAUGGUGUGUAAAAUUACUAUAACUCUUGGGGAUCCAUAUCUCAUUUCCCACGUAUGUGAAAUGAGAAGUUUACCAGCUUUUCAGUUUCCAGGAUUCCACCCACAAAGUAAAUAAUGAUGUAAUCACCAGUAGCAGGUAGUAAUUUUUGUGGGUGGAAACAAGGGCCUCUACAAUAAAAAAAGGCUACACCUAGAAAUUCCUUUUCAUUAAGGACAUGGUAAAGGCAACCAAGUUUAUUUAUUACAUCAUCUCUAAAAGACAUAGUCCCAUUUUAGAAUCCUUGUAUAUGAAGGGAAAAAAACGUACAGUUUAGUGAGCUUACAGCCUGCAGAGGAGUCGAAACAAACUGGUGAGUAUAGCAGUGAGCAUCUUUGUCUUCUGGCUAUGGCCAAUAGUAAAUUGGGGGAUUUCUCAAGAGACAUAAUCUGCUACUUUCAGGGAGGCUGCUUCUUCUUUGGUAGCCAGUUAGCUGAAAUUCAGCCACGUGGCACAGCUGAUCAUAAACAACCUUUCACUGCAGAGUGACAUGACACAUCCUCUCAGCCAUUCGGGUGGCUGCAGGUGCACUGCCCUUGUCCUGCUUUCACCAUCAGCUUUCAGGAUGGAAAGUCAAAUCUGACCCUUCUCACCUUCAGAGCAUUCAGAGGCCUAGGAGAAAAGUAUGUCAAAUACCAGUGAAGGCUUGCCUAAGUAAGCAGUGGUUUGCAUUUCUUUAAUGAGUCCUUGAUAUAUAGUGCUGUCUUUAUCCAGCUGCUUUUUUAGCAUACUUUCAAGAUGCUGAAGAAAUUGAAAUACCAACCCAUCUAUCAGCUAAUCCAGAAAGAUAGCUCUGGAGGAACAGUCACAAGACCAUCAUGUCCUGAAUUUAAUGACCUGUCUUGACAUUUAACUCAACCAUGGAUAAUCUCAGAAGUCCAGUAAGGUGUUAGCAUAGGGGCUAUUUGCAUGCUUGAAUUUCUUCUCCAAUCAAAAUGAAACAAUCUUCUGCAACCAUUGCCCUCUGCUAUACAAUGAACUUGGACUGAAUAGCUCCUAGUACACUCGCUAAUUCUGGGAUAUAAUCUACAGAGAUUGUCUUUACUUCACCCUCUCUUCCACAAGGAAUGCUUGUUGGUAACUCACAUCGUCAGAGCAGAUUUCAGGAAUACCACCAGAUCUCCCUCCUGGUGUCUCCAGGAACAAUCACGCAGCCUCUGUACGAUAAUUUUCUCAGAGAAGACUUGGAAAGUAACUGGUUCUUAAUUGUUUGCCAAGUUGUACUAGGCUUUAUCUAACCAAGGAGUUUUAGUUCCUUUUCCUACACAUCUUGGUUUACUUGGUGAUUCCCAUUACCUUCAAUACCAGAGCUUUAGCUCUAUGAGCAGGUCAGGGAGAAACUGCAGUAACAGUAGCUCAGACAAGGAAUAAUGAGGUUAUAACAGUGAGGAGGCCUGUCAUUUGAUCUUUCCAUCCUCUACCGUCAUAAGGAAUGCCUGGCUGGAAUGCCUGGCUAAAAGUGGGACCAGGCUUUUGCUUUCCAGACCCUGUGAAGCUCUGUAUUUCUGGUGUCUCAGAUGUUUUUCCCUAGCAGCUGAAGAGAGGGUACAGGCACAGAAAAAACAUGACAGACUAAAACACAGUUGAAAAGUGUUACACCUUUAACAAACGAUUCUUCAAAUGGUUUUGAAAAUGCUUUUUUUCUGUCAAUUGGCCAAGAACCUGCUGCAUAUGUACAAGUGGUUUAUAAAAUCAGAGAGAAUAAAAAGUCAUAUUUAAUA